UAGUGCUGGUUCUCAGGGUUAGAUCCAGACUGAGGGGUGGGGGCACGUGUCACGUGGGCGCAGGAGGGCUGGGGGUGUCUGCAGUUGGGCAGGGCGGGUGUCGUGCUUGCUGGGCAUCCUGAGAACUGUGGCCUCGCCCUGUCCCACCCCCUGCCACGGGCUGGGGGGCGGGACAUGGGGCGGGGCAACCCCAGGGUGUGCUUGCCUGUCGCCCAGUCGUCCUUCACCUUGCUGCCCAUCGAGGGCCCAGCAUGCUGCACGCGGCCAUGGAGCCGUGGCCGAGGGGCUGCACAGCAGCAGGGGCUGUGGUGCUGCUGCCGCUGUUGCUGCUGCUGCCGCUGCUGCUGCUGGGAGCUGGGGCUCAGGGCAGCACGCCUGGCUCCAGGUGUGACUGUGCCAGUGACACCCAGAGGAGGACACUACCUGAAGGCCAGGUGUACGGAGCACUGUGGCGACUCCACCUGCCUCCCGUGUCCCCAGGGCACCUUCUUGGCCAGGGAGAACCAUUACAAUGAACGCUGUACCCGCUGCCAGGCCUGUGAUGAGGAGGCCUUCCAGGUGGCCUUGGAGAACUGCUCUGCUGUGGCAGACACCCGCUGUGGCUGUGCACCAGGCCAGCUUGUCGACUGCGCCGUCAGACCAUGUACGGCAGGUUCACCCUUCCGAUGCCUUCCGUGCCUGGACUGCAAGCCCCCUGACCACCACACACCUAUGCCCUGUUCCGGCAGAGACAACGGCUGUGGACCCUGCCCACCUGGCUUCUAUGAACACAGCGAUGGCUGCAUGUCCUGCCCCACGAGCAUCCUGGGAAGCUGCCCUGAGCCCUGUGCUGCUGUCUGUGGCUGGAGGCCGAUGUUCUGGGUCCAGGUGCUUGUGACAGGACUGCUGGUCCCGUUUCUGCUCGGGGUCACCCUCAUCUACUUGUAUUGGCGCUGCCAGGCUCAUAAGCUGGUGGUUCCGGGAGAUAGAGCUGGCAUGGAGGCCCUGACUCCACCACAGGCCUCCCACCUGCAGCCUACAGACAGCACACAUGCCCUUCUCGCACCACCUGGCAACAGUGGGAAGGUCUGCACUGUCCAGUUAGUAGACACCAGAUGGACCCCUGGCUCCCCCCAGACCCAAGAGUUGUCCUGUCAACAAGUGCCACAGAGCUGGGACCAGCUGCCCGGCCAAACUCUUGGCUCUCCUCUGGCACCCCCGCUCUCUGCAGCGGCCCCUGCAGGCUCUCAGGCUGCUGUGCUCCAGCCGGGCCCUCAGCUGUACGAUGUGAUGGACGCAGUCCCUGCACGGCGCUGGAAGGAGUUCGUGCGCACGCUAGGGCUGCGCGAGGCUGAGAUCGAGGCCGUGGAAGUGGAAAUCGGCCGCUUCCGCGACCAGCAGUACGAGAUGCUCAAGCGCUGGCGCCAGCAGCAGCCCGCGGGGCUGGGCGCAGUCUAUGCUGCCCUGGAGCGCAUGGGGUUGGAUGGCUGUGCCGAGGACCUGCGCCUCCGCCUGCAGCGCUGUCCGUGACACUGGGGUCUCCUGUGACUUUGGCGCUCAGGUGACCCUGGUGGAAGCCUUAAGUACGGUUACUUAUGCGUGUAGACAUUUUAUGUCAGUUACUGAGUUUCCCGGCAGGGCCCUGCGUAGCAGCGCCUGCUGGCCUCGCAGUCUGCUCCGCAGAGCCCCGCUGUGACGCCAGCACAGGGGAAGCGAGUGCGGGAGGGGCACGAGGUUGCCCAGCUGUCCUCUUGGCCCGAGUUGGGCUGAGGUCUUGGUAUUAAAUCUA